CAUGACUGUGUUUUUAUGAAUGAAAAGAAUCCGCGGGUGAGUAAUCGCGGGGAGCGGGGCUGGAGGCGCCGCCCGACGCGCUGACCCGGCAGCGGCCCCACGGGACCAGCGCAGCCGCCAGUAGGGCCAGAGAGAGGGAAGGAUGGCUGCGGACGGACUCUCCAGCAAGGCAUUGAAGGUGAAGCGGGAGCUGGGGGAGAACACGCCACUGCUGUCAGAUGAGGAGCUGAUGGGGCUGUCAGUGAGGGAGCUCAACCACCACCUGCGGGGCCUCUCCAAAGAGGAGGUGGCGAGGCUGAAGCAGCGGCGUCGGACACUGAAGAACCGGGGUUAUGCUGCCAGCUGCCGGGUGAAGCGCGUCUGCCAGAAGGAAGAGCUGCAGAAGCAGAAGAUGGAGCUGGAGUGGGAGGUGGACAAGCUGGCCCGGGAGAACGCUGCCAUGCGCCUGGAGCUCGACACCCUCCGCGGCAAAUACGAGGCCCUGCAGGGCUUCGCCCGCACUGUGGCUACUCAUGGGCCCCCCGCCAAGGUGGCCACUGCCAGUGUCAUCACCAUUGUCAAGUCAGGCACCAACCAGGCCGCCUACUCCUAGUGCUGGCCUCUGUUUCCCGGCUGGGCACAGUCCUGCCUGGGGCACCUUCCCCAUGAAUUACCUCCCAGCCCUUCCACAACCUCCUCCCUGUCAGGACCUGUGUCCAAAAUCCUCCUUCUCCAUCCCUUGACCUUCAGCGCCCCCAGGUUGGGAGGGCUGCUGCUGUGUGGUUGCUGGGGUGGAGGACAAAACCUCACUGGUGGCCCCCACAGCCCCCUCCCCUCUUGGGUGUGCAGACAGGAGAGAGCAAACCCACGCAGACAGCAGUGGGAAAGCAUCCCACAGCUCCAAGCUGGUAGAAAAAUGCCAGGUGCCUCUUUUUUGUGAGAGGGUAUGGGAGAGCUGAAUGUGGGCCAGGCAGUCCUAGGAGCAUGUGCCAGAGAAGGAAAAGAGGAGAGAGAGGUUUUGCAGCAUAGAAGAAGAAGGCUUGAUAGAAAGAUACCAGUGCUGGGCAUGUAACUUGGACCACAGCUGGAGCGGGGUGGGAGGUAGGAUCAUGUCUGGAAUCUCUGGGGAUGCAAAUGGCAAGGGAAGGUUGGCAGGUCAGAGGGGGAGAGAAAGUGUCUGCAGGUUGAUGCCUGGUAAGGGUGAAUGGAAUGGGAAAGCACUGUGGCAGCUUGUGGUGCUGGGGGACCCCAGAGGUGACAGUGAUUAGGCAGGGGAGAACUGGGGAGUGCGAGUGGGUCAGCCCAGGCUGCUGUCUGCAAAAGGGGAGAAGCAAUGGUGCUGUUUUAUCUUUCUGUAUCAUGCACAUCCUUCACGCCUCUUCCUGCUGACGGGACACUCAGCCUGGCCAGGUGUCUGAAAUGCAGCARCACUGGCAGGAAGGAAGCGGAGGCAGCUGGAGCAGAGAUAAACACUGUUUUGCACAGCACAGGCCAGCUUGUACAGCCCCACCAAGUCCUCCCCAGUGCCCCAUUGCCUACAAAGCCCACAGAAAGGUGUUGCCAGAUCUUAAGAGUCAGAGAUGUGGAGGCAGAGAGGGGUGGAGGUGCAAGAGGUGGGAAGUAGGGGCAGAGAGCAUCCCGGCUCCUGGGAGCUGCCUGGCAGGCAGGUAGGCUCCUCCCUUUUGGUUUUCCUCCAGCUUGGACACUGGUGUGGAAGAACCGGCUCUUGMGCAGCCUGAAAGGCUGGAGAAGAACUGUGUUCACUACAUACAGGCAGCACAGCRGAGGUAACAGGAGGCAGACCCAUCUCAGGAUGUGCUGCUGUAGAUGACGCCCCUGCCCCUCCAYUCUGCCCCUGCCUGGGUAUUGCCACACCAGCUGCCCUUGGCUGCAGCUUCCAUUCUUCCCUGUAGAGAGGUACCUGCCACUCCUGGAUGGGGUACUGUGGUUGGCAUCCCCCACCCCAACUCAUCUUGGGUUUAUUUAUUGCACGAACAUAAGUUAUUUUCACGUCCUCUUUGCCAUUCUGCCUCUCGGCACAGCCAGGAUGUUGGUACAGAGCCGUACUUUAUAUUUUAUAUAUGCAAAUCACGUUUUAUCUUAUAUAGAGCAAAAAAAACUUAUUUAUUUUCUGACUUACAGUAUGUGUCCUACCCGACUCCUCUGUAUUUUGUAGACUUUACAAAUAAAGCAAGUUCUUUUUUUUUCCACA